AUGCCCGAAACGAAAACAGAAAUCCAUCCUAUCAUCUACCACCGUCAAACCAUCACCUCCCUGCCCCGCGAAUCCUUCCACGACCCUCCUCACGGCCACCUAACAUGGCGCACUCUCCUCUCCUCCCCUCAAACCCCCACUUCCGACAUGUGCGCCGGUCUAGCAGUCUGUCCUCCGCAUGGAGGCCAUCUUUAUCGCCACCGCCACACCCAAGCUGAAAUAUACUACAUCACUUCGGGAUCUGGACAUGUGUUCAUCGAUGGCAAGGAGUAUGUGGUUUCUGCGGGAGCGGUGUUGUUUAUUCCAGGUGAUGCGGAACAUGGGGUGGUUAAUCGGGGAGAGGAGCCGUUGGAGUGGUUUUAUGUGUUUCCGACCUGGUCAUUUGAGAAUGUGGUUUAUCGGUUUGAGGAGCGUAUAGGUGAAGGGAAGGUCAGGGCUAAGAUGUAG